AUGACGCGCAGUCCUGAUGAAGCUCUUCACUUCCGCGGAAAGACCCUGACUCCGGAAAGCCCUCGUCCGUUACACAUCCCGGAGCCAGCCAAUAUCCCUGUUCUGGAGAAUCAAAUGGACCCUGUUUUCAACGAUACGUCGACCUAUGAACGCUCGGAGUACCAAGCCCCGCAGACUGAGGAUGAUAGAUGGUCGCGGGUGCUUCCCAAGGAUGGUCAGGAACCAGGACAGCAGGUCCGGGACUCAGGUAGCUUUCAGGGCUCUCAGCCGAUGGACCGGGCUUCACACAAUGAUAUGACUGUUUCUGCGGACUUUAUAUCUGGGCCUGCUUCCGGGGACAGCUCGGGUGAUGCAAACCGCCUUGCUCCCCCAAAUCCCCAUGGCUCCCAUGCACCUCCCGUGGCUCCGGUUACUCAGAAUGCCACGGAGAUAGAAAAUGCCAGCAACGAACAGUCGGGGGGUUCGGGUCGCCUAGAUAUCGAGAAGGAUGAUCCAGGCUCUAACACAGGCGUCAAUUUCCAGACUCUUCUGGAUAACCUCUCUCACCAUCCCACUGCAUCGACGUCGGCCACUGCAGCGGGCCCUAAUCUAGCAGAAAACUCGUCUUUCCAUCAAGCACCUCCGGACGAAUCUCUCCAACCCCAGGGCCUCCCUAACCGGCCUCUGCCCCAAGACCCUUCUCUCCCUCCCUACGCCCCGCUUGAUGGUGGUUAUGAGCUUCCCCCUGCUCCCGACAGCUCUGCUGCCCCUAUACCCUCCACCUAUACACCAACGCCCAGUAACCACCAAUCCUUUGCUCCCUCCUUGCCCUCGGCUGCCCCAGGCACUGCGACAGGUGCCAGCAGUCUGCCCCCGCCCCCUGUUGCCAGCUUCCAGCACACUGCAGAAUCUCAAUCCUCUUCCCAAGAACCGCCCAACCAGACAGCCUCCAACAAAGGCCGUGUCGAGAAGCAGGCCCGUCCGGUCAAGGGAACGGACGAUGAUUCACCCUGGGCCCCUGAAGUUCAAAGAAAAUACGAUGAGUUUCUCCACAAUGAGAGAAUAUAUGUGACCGAGGGUCUCUGGGAUCGAUUCCCAAUGGGGUCGAGGUUGUUUGUUGGCAACCUCCCCACCGAAAGAGUGACCAAGAGAGACAUGUUCCAUAUCUUCCACCAGUAUGGCAAACUGGCCCAAAUCUCGAUCAAGCAGGCCUAUGGGUUUAUACAAUUCCUCGAAGCGGGUUCUUGUCAUGCAGCACUUCAGGCCGAGCAGGGAGCUUUAAUCUUGAAAUUUCGAAACCCCAACGCCCAACCAGGCCCGCUCCGCCAGAGCCUGUUCGUGCCCCUCCACCUCGUCGCUCGCGGUCGCCGGAGUUUAGUCGUGGUGGCCCCGCCCGAAGCAAUGUUCGAGCACCGGGUGAUCGUUAUGACCGGUCGUAUGAGCCACCCCGACUGCCGUUCAGUGAUUUCCGGGACGAGCCCUCGCUUCGCCGACGCGACGAUUAUCGACCUCCGCGAUCGCCUUCACCCCGACCUUUCCGUGGCAGAGAUGGGUACCGAUCGCGGGACAGGACCCCAGAGAGAUUUGAUCGUCGGGACCGAAGGCGUUCUCGUUCUCCUCGCUCCCCGCGCUCCCCGUACGCUCGGGACCGUCGGUAUCGCAGCCCAAGUCCCAGACCCCGUGGUGUUUACGAAGGGGAGGCAGAGUUACCCGUGCCAAGACGUACCCCACGAGAAGUGCCAGAAGUACAGAUUCUCGUUCUGGAAGAAAUCGACAGGUUGGAACUUCGUCCUCCAUGUCGAGAACGCCUUUCGCAACCGCGGCUUGCGGGUAGAUGUCCUGGUGCUUGGUCCGCGGAUCCCUCUUGGUGCGGCAGUUCAUCGCCAAUUCGUCGAAGGGGUUCUUGCGGUUGUUCGACUUUCACGGCCCAAUCAGUUUUCCAGGAAGAUUCCCCUUCAGAUCUUUGAUCGAACUGCGGGCCCGGAAAACGUUCGCUUCAGUGAUUACCCCGAGGUUGAUCCCAGUAUUGCCGCCGAGGUCAUGUUCCACCAAGCUCAGGCCAUGCAGCGAGGUGGUCCCCCGGCGACCUUUGCCCCCAAUCCUGCGUUCGGGGUUGCCUCAGUGCCGGCUCUGCCGGUUCCUCAGCCCGCGCUCCCCGGGCUCACCAACCCUCCCAACAUUGCCAACCUCAUCAGCUCUCUGGACGGCCCCAGUCUUCAAUCCCUGCUGUCGGCACUCCAGCGGCCUCCCCAGCCCCAAUCGCAGCCUGUGUCGGCUACGCAAUCCCCCUUUUCUUCUCCCAACCCACCUCCACCCGCUGAUCUCGCCACGCUUCUAACCAAUGCAACUCGGCCACCUCCGGUCUCGGCAAACCCCCAGCCACCCCUCCCUCCACCGUUCAGCCUGCAGCCUCCAGCUGCACCCGUUGUCUCGGACCCCAACCUGCUUUCGCUUCUCGCCAAGGGUCUCGGGGGACAACAGCCGCAGGGCCAGGCACCCGGUGGUCCUCAGGUCCAGAACAUCAUGAACCACUUGGCCAAGUGGAAGCAAUGA